CCCGCCCCUCGGGCUCUUGGCGGGAGAACGCGGCGCAGUGAAGAUGGACCCCCCCCACCCCAAGCGGCCCCGCCCGGAGCCCUCGGACGCCCCCUCCCGGUUCGAGGAGGAGCUGCUGGAGCUGGAGCGGAACGAGGCUGAGGGGGCGGAGCCUGAGGAGCCCCUCCCCCCUGCGGGCACCGGAGACCUCGGCAGUCUGUUUGUGGGGGAUGUGAACCCCAAGUGGUGGCGCCCUCCCCUCCCCAGGACCCCCCCGGACACCCUCUGCUUCCUGCAGCUCGACAUCGACCACUAUGUGGGCUCCCCCGUGCCAGGGAUGCCAGGGGCCACCCAUGGGCCCGUCCCCAUCCUGCGCCUGUUUGGGGUCACUGCAGAGGGGAACAGUGUGUGCCUGCACCUGCACGGCUUCACCCCAUACUUCUAUGUGCUGGCACCACAGGGUGUGGGGGUGCAGCACCUGGAGCCUCUGCGUCAGGAGCUGGACUCGGCUCUGCUGCGGGAGCUGCGCGGGAACAGGGAAGGAUUGAGCCGAGCGGUGCUGGGGCUGGAGCUGUGCUACAAACAGAGUCUGCUGGGGUACCACGGGGGGCAGCUGAGCCCCUUUGUGCGGGUGCUGCUGGCUCUGCCUCGCCUGGUGCCCCCUGCCCGGCGCCUGCUGGAGCAGGGGCUGCCAUGGGGGGACAUGGGGGUGCACAGAGCAGCGCCCUAUGAGAGCAACGUGGACUUCGAGAUCAGGUUCAUGGUAGACUCCGGCCUGGUUGGCUGUUCCUGGGUGGAGGUGCCAUCGGGGCAGUUCCAUCUGCGGGGUCCCCCCCCCGGGGUCCCCCCCGUGUCCCGGUGCCAGCUGGAGGCCGAUGCUGCCUGGGGGGGGCUCCGGUGCCACCCCCCCGAGGGGCAGUGGAUGGGGCUGCCCCCCCUGCGCAUCCUCAGUGUGGACAUCGAGUGCGAGGGCCGCAAGGGUAUCUUCCCGGAGCCGGAGCAGGAUGCUGUUAUCCAGGUGGGCUGUGCAGUUCAGAGGCAGGGGGACCCGGAGCCGUUCCUGCGCCUGGUGCUGGUGCUGAGCUCCUGUGCCCCCAUCCCUGGGGCUGCUGUCAUCUGCUUCCAGAGGGAGAGGGACCUGCUGCAGUCCUGGGCAGAGUUCGUUCGGAUCCUGGAUCCUGACAUCAUCACCGGAUACAACAUCCAGAACUUCGACCUCCCCUACCUGCUGCAGCGCGCGCGGGUGCUCAAGGUGGACUCAUUCCCGUUCCUGGGCCGCAUCCGGCUGCGGCGCUCGGAGCUCAGGGACUCCACGUUCCAGUCCCGGCAGUUGGGGCGCAGGGAGAACAAGGUGCUGAGUGCUGAGGGCAGAGUGGUGCUGGACAUGCUGCAGGUGCUGCUCCGGGAGCACAAGCUCCGCUCAUACACCCUCAAUGCCGUCAGCUUCCACUUCCUGCAGGAGCAGAAGGAGGAUGUUCCACAUGGGAUCAUCACUGACCUGCAGCGCGGCUCAGCGCAGAGCCGCCGCCGCCUGGCCCUGUACUGCCUCAAGGACACCAUCCUGCCCCUGCGGCUGGCUCAGCGCCUGCGGGUGCUGCUGAGCCACGUGGAGCUGGCGCGAGUGACAGGGGUGGCGCUCAGCACCAUCCUGUGCCGCGGGCAGCAGGUGCGCGUCGUGGCUCAGCUGCUGCGCCAGGCCAUGCGCGAGGAUCUCCUGAUGCCAGUGGUGAAGGUCGAGGGGGGGGAGGACUACGAGGGAGCCACAGUGAUCGAGCCCCUCAAGGGGUACUACGACGUGCCCAUUGUGACUCUGGACUUCUGCUCCCUGUACCCGUCCAUCAUGAUGGCUCAUAACCUGUGCUAUAGCACCCUGCUGCCUCCGGGGGGCGUGCAGCGCUUCGGGUUGGGCCCCACUGAUUACAUCCGGACACCCUCCGGGGAUCUCUUUGUCACUUCCGGGGUGCGCCGAGGGCUGCUGCCGAGGGUGCUGGAGGGGCUGCUGGAGGCCAGGAGCAGGGUGAAGCAGGAGCUGGCUCAGGAGCAGGAUGUGUUCCGCCGUCAGGUCCUCCACGGUCGGCAGAUGGCGCUCAAGGUCAGCGCCAACUCUGUCUAUGGCUUCACUGGGGCACAGGCUGGGAAACUGCCGUGCCUGGAGGUCAGCCAGAGUGUUACAGCCUUCGGGCGCCAGAUGAUCGAACGCACCAAGCAGCUGAUCGAGGAGAGAUACUGCCUGAGGCAGGGGUACCCUGCGGACGCCAAGGUGGUCUAUGGGGACACGGACUCGGUCAUGUGCCGCCUGGGGGUGACCUCGGUGGCCGAGGCCAUGACCCUGGGUCAGGAGGUCGCGACCUGGGUGUCCCAGCACUUCCCAGCCCCCAUCCGGCUGCAGUUCGAGAAGGUGUACUGGCCAUACCUGCUCAUCAGUAAGAAGCGCUAUGCUGGCCUGUGUUACUCCUCCAGCCCGGAGGUCUCAGAUGGGUUGGACUGUAAGGGGCUGGAGGCCGUGAGGAGAGACAACUGCCCCUUGGUGGCCAAUGUGGUGACUGCCUGUCUGCAGAGGCUGCUGCUGCACCGUGACCCGGCCGGUGCAGUCCUCCACGCGCAGGAGGUGAUCUCAGACCUGCUGUGUGACCGGUUGGAUCUGUCCCAGCUGGUGAUCACCAAGGAGCUCACACGCUCAGACAGCGAGUACAGUGCACCCCAGGCUCACGUGCGGCUGGCGCAGCGGAUGCGUCAGCGGGACCCCGGCAGUGCCCCUGCCCUGGGUGACCGUGUCCCAUAUGUCAUCGUCACCGGGGCCAAGGGGGCAGCCGCUUACACCAGGUCUGAGGACCCCAUCUAUGCCCUGGAGCACAACCUGCCCAUUGACAGCCGCUAUUACCUGGAGCAGCAGUUGGCCAAGCCCCUGCUGCGCAUCUUUGAGCCCAUCCUGGGGGAGGGCCGGGCCGAGAGCAUCCUGCUCAGGGGGGAGCACACCCGCUGUAAGACGCUGCUGACAGCUCAGCUCGGGGGGGGGCUCAUGGCGUUCACCACCCGGAAGAGCAGCUGCGUGGGCUGCCGGGCGGUACUACCGCACCACGGAGCUGUUUGUGACUUCUGCAGCCAUCGCCAGGCUGAGCUCUACCAGAAGGAGGUUGGGGCUCUGGCCACUCUGGAGCUGAGGUUCUCCCGUCUGUGGAGUCAGUGCCAGCGAUGCCAGAGCUCAAUGCACCAGGAUGUGCUGUGCACCAGCCGGGACUGCCCCAUAUUCUACAUGCGUCGGAAGGUGCAGAAGGAUCUGGAUGUGCAGCAGUCGCUGCUGGACAGGUUUGGGGUCCCCUCCUGGUGACCCCAAUGACCCCCAAUGGGGUCCUGGGCGCAAUAAACCCCAUACAAGCACA